AUGAGAUGUAUUUUGGCAGCCAAAAUGAAAGCUUUUUUUGAAGUGUUAGAACAAUUCUACAAGAAGGUACUUCUGGGAGCCACACUUGAAAAUGAGAGCCAGGAAUACAUCUUUUAUCUCAACCCAGCAGUUUUAGCUCAGGAUUGCUCUACAGCCACUUCUCCAGAAUGCUCGAACCGCCGUGGUGUCCAAGGCAGGCACCAGCCACCCAGCACCACGUUGGGUACCAUUUCCGUAGUGUCUGUGUGUUUGAAGAGACACUCUCCGACGUGCAGCGCCCGAGAAAUCAUGCUCCUUCAGUUAACAGUAAUCAAAGUGAUGAUAACCAGAAUAUUGUCUGUUGAAACUGACUUCCACGCAAAGGAAAAAUACAGAGAUAUAAUUACAAUUCUUUUCAAAUCCUCUGACAUCGAUUCAACCUUAACCUGUAUGUUCCAAAACUCGGAUAAAUUGUUAUGUCACAUGGCUGCCAAGUGCCUUGCACUACUUCUGUAUUUCCAAAUGAGAGAAGAGAUAGCAUUAAGUAAUUCCUGGAUUGCUUUUUGCCAGACAAAUCUUUCUGAAUACCCUGAAAAUGAGAAAGCAGUGUACUGCCUCUGGACCCUUACUUUUAUAAUAAAGGAAAUCUUUAAAGACACAUGUUCACAAAAAACAGAAAUUUUAAAGCAGUUCCUGACUCUUUUUGACACUGCUUUUGAAGUUUUUUACAAUUCCUUAUUUUCUCAGCAUUUUGAAAGCUGCCAAGACACCUCUAAAAUAAUAAACAGCUUGAUAUGUUCCCUGGAAUUGCUUGAACUUCUUAUAGCUUCCAGAGUCCAUCUGAAGCUACAUUUCACUUGCCAGAGGAUUUUAUUUUUGAAACCCUCUUGUGUGCUAGGUGUUAUUACCUGGCCUGUUCAGGCUUUUGUCAAAAGGAAGUUCAUCAUAUUCAUCAAAAAGUGCCUUCUCUGGAAAGUGGGUGAAGAUCUGUGUCGGGGAUCUGGCCCUGCCCUGAUGCCACCAGAUCAGCAUUUAGGUGUAGACAUGUUGGCUUUAGCUGAUGCUGUUUUGCAAGCUGUGGAUUUGGGCUUAUUGAGGACAUUGUCUGUCCACGGAAAACCUCCCUUCUUCGGUGGAGAUGAAGUUCAACCUGCACAUGAGCGUGUCCCUGGUCCAGAUCAUGUAAUCCUCAGAGCAGCAAGCCUACUUAUCAUUAAAUCCUUAGAAAUCAAGUUUCAAAACUGUGCUUCAGCAAAUGAAAUGAAAGUUGGUUUACAGAAUUUCAUGGCUCAGUUACUGACCUUCUUAAAGCCUCACCUUCAGCCCUCCCUUCAGCCACACAAUGCAUGUGAGUGGAUCUCCAGGGUCUUCAUAGAACAAGACGAUGACAUGGUGGAAGCUGCCAGAGCAUCAUUGGGCAUCUACCUAACGUUGAUCAGAGAAUGUAAAGCUGCUGAAAGCUUGACCCAAGAAAAAGAAAUGUGCAACCAUCACACACAUGAAUAUGGCUAUAAUCCACACUGCGUCUUCUUAUUCUUACUAAAAAAUAUAGGAUUUGAUGCUUCAGUUCUUCUUGACUUUUUGAUUUCAUCAGAAACCUGUUUCCUUGAAUAUUUUGUUAAAUAUUUAAAGUUACUACAAAAAGACUGGACUGACUUUUUCACGAUCUGCAAGUAUUUUGAUGUAACCAAAUCUAAAGACAACAUAAAUAUCUGUGCUUGUAGCCCCUCACUUGUCCAAGACACGAGCAGCAACCAAACAGAACUGAGACCUUCGGCUGCUCUUGGUAAUCACAGAAAUGCCCGUGCUUCUGGCUCCUGGGUUUCUGAUGCCUCUUCCAAACCUCUGAACCAGCUUGUGAUGCCCAAGGAGACCCCCGCCACGCUCCUGGCUGAUAGCCCGUCUCCCCCACGAGCUUCUCAAAGUCUGGUAGAUUAUGACAGCUCUGAUGAUUCUGAGGUAGAAGGCACAGACCAGCGUUCAGCAAACAGUAAACAAGUAUCUUUACACCAAGAAGCAGUGAAGAAAUUUCAGGACACAGUUGGAACAAGUGGGGAUGAAAAAGAAGUGAGCCUCGAGCCUCAGUCAAGGCCUCUGGUUCCCAAACAAUCUAAUAUUCUCUUCUCCGUUGAUUGGGAUACAGUCCCGAAUAACGUCUCUGAAGUGGGACUGUCUUCCAAAACACUGAAGUGCUUUGAGGAGCUACAAAGUGCUGUUUACCGCUUGCAGAAGAAAAAUCUUUUCCCGUAUAAUCCCACAGCACUUUUAAAGUUGUUAAAACGUAUCAGGGCAAUAUAUAAUGAGAGUAUGAAUGCCUUGUAA